CUAAGAAAUUACAAAAAACAUUCCCUUCUCUUCGCGGUUUUCUGACCAUCAUCUCCCUUUCUUCAAUCCCCGCCUUCUCUUUCCUUCCUAAAAAUCAUAACUUUUCGUUUUUGUUUGUCUGGUUCUUCUUGUUACGCCAUAACAAUGGAUCCUAACAUCUCUGAAAACAAUCCCCAAGAUAAACAUUUUUCAAGAAAAUGUUCCAACUCUUACACCCAUGAAACUAACAUAAUUGCAACAAAUUCUGAUUCUAAUCAUGAUCUUGAUUCUCUUCUUGAAACCGGUACUCCGAAACAUGAUGAUGGAUUGAAAGAAUCAUCCGUAGAGGUUGAAGGAGUUCAUCAAGAGAUUGAUAAUAUCGGAACGAAUAACGAGUCGCUGCCUCCUGAAACCAUUUUCGGGGACGUUGAUCAGUUUCUUUCAACUCUGUCUGAACAAGAGAAUCCAUCUGAAGGGAAUGACGCGGGCCUAGAAAAAGCCGAAAAGGAAGAGAUUCCUAUAUUCAUUGAAAACUUUUUGGAUCUUGUUUCUGAAAAGAUUGAUACACAUGAAUCUAGUGAUGGGAAAGUUAAAUGGUGUAAUGAACCGGAGGGUGACUCGUCUUUUCUUGAAGCUGUAAAUCGUAUUUCGAAGCUAACUAAUUCUUUUUCUAAAUUGAAAUCGGAUCCAACUCAUUGCGCGCUGGUUAACCGCAUUGGUGUAAUUCAGCAAAGAGCAAUGUCUUAUUUGGAAGAUGAAUUCAGGUUGCUUCUUGAAGACUAUAAAACCAACGUUGGUAGCGCGCAAGAUCACAACAGAGAUGGCGAAAGUAGUGAAAUGCCCGUAACGGAAUCUGAGGAAUCAGUCGAUGACGAGGAGGACAGCUUUUUAGGAUAUUCGGAUGAGGUAAUUGCUAUUCUGAAUAAGAUUUCUAAGGAAAUGAUAGAGGGAGGAUUCGAAUCGGAGUGUUGUCAAGUUUAUAUGAUCACAAGGAGGCAUGCUUUCGACGAGUGCUUGAACAAGGUGGGAUUUAAGAAGAUGAGCAUUGAUGAGGUGCAGAAAAUGCAAUGGGAAGCAUUGGAAAGGGAGAUCCCUGCAUGGAUUAACACUUUCAAGGAAUGUUCUAAUAGAUACUUCCCGAAAGAACAUAAGCUGGCGGAGGCGGUUUUCGCGGAUAACCCAUCAAUUUCUUCCUUUCUUUUCAGCAAUCUCAUUCGCGGUGUUAUGAUUCAGCUCCUCAACUUUACCGAAGGGAUCGCUAUGACAAGUUGCUCGGCGGAAAAGCUAUUCAAAUUCUUAGAUAUGUAUGAGAUAUUGCGCGAUAGUAUUCCAGCCAUGGAUGGUUUAUUUACCGAACAAUGUGAAAAUGAGCUUAAACCGGAAAUGAUUACAGCAAAGUGCAGGAUUGGGGAGGCUGCAAUUAGUAUAUUUUGUGAUCUGGAGAAUUCGAUCAGGUCCGAUUCUGGAAAAACCACAGUUCCUGGUGGUGCAGUUCAUCCUCUAACUAGAUACAUGGUGAAUUACUUGAAAUUAUCAGGUGAAUACAUAGCAACACUUGAACAAGUCUUCAACGAACAUUCAAAAAUAGAAAGCGAAUCUCAAGAUAGCCACAGCAAUAAUGGUACCGAGUCGGAAAAUGAUCAUUCUCUAUUCUCGGUUCAAUUAGUGAGACUUAUGGAUCUGUUAGACUCAAAUUUGGAAGCGAAGUCGAAGCAUUAUAAGGAUAUAGGAUUGGGUAACAUUUUCAUGAUGAACAACGUACACUACAUCUACGACAAGAUCAAAUCUUCGUCGGAGAUCCACCAGGUCUUAGGGAACACUUGGAGUCGCAAGAAAUCAUCAGACAUCAGAAAUUACCAUAAGAAUUACCAAAGAGAGGCAUGGAGUAAGUUACUGAGUUGCUUAGCACAAGAUGGGUUACAGGUGAAUGGAAAAGUACAGAAACCGGUGCUGAAAGAAAGGUGCAAGAACUUCUAUAUGAUGUUUGAUGAAAUCCACAGGACACAAAGCUCAUGGGUGGUUAAGGAUGGCCAGCUUCAAUCCGAACUUAGGGUUUCGGUAUCCGCAAUAGUGAUUCCGGCAUAUCGAGCAUUCUUGGGGAGGUUUUCGCAGUAUCUAGACCCCGGAAGACAGUAUGAGAAAUACAUUAAGUACCAGCCUGAAGAUAUUGAGAAUUGCAUUGAUCAGCUAUUUGAAGGGAAGCCCAUAACCAGCAGAUGAUAAUUUUAUAAACAAGCAAAACUCUGAUCAUCAUGUAUUGAUACAAACUUCGCUGUAAUUGUUUUUCUUUUCCAUAUUUGUCUUGGGGACUGGAAAUCAUUAGCAUGGCCCAUAUUUAUUCUAUGUUAAUUGAUAGUGCACUGUUUUAAAAAGUAUGUUUGUUUUUUGUUAUUUCAA